CGGUCAUCCACCUCCACCUCAUCAACCUCAUUCAUCAUUCUAAAAAUAUCAUAAACCCCCCGGAAAAGUAAUUCAAAAACCAGUCGGGAAAUAUUCUCUUGUUUUCCUUCGUUUUCAUCAAUUUUUCUACCAAACCAAUCGCAGCUCCUUUUCUUCGAACUCCAAAUACACAACCGAUUUUCGGUGGGAGAUACCUUCUGAAUCGGUGUGCCAAAUCUCUUGGAGAAAACAUGUUCCUUGUCGACUGGUUCUAUGGAGUUCUGGCAUCGCUGGGUCUCUGGCAAAAGGAGGCGAAGAUCUUGUUCCUUGGUCUUGAUAAUGCCGGAAAAACUACCUUGCUGCACAUGCUAAAAGAUGAGAGAUUAGUUCAGCAUCAACCGACGCAGUACCCGACGUCGGAGGAGCUGAGUAUUGGGAAGAUAAAGUUCAAGGCUUUUGACUUGGGUGGACAUCAGAUUGCUCGCAGAGUCUGGAAGGACUAUUAUGCCAAGGUGGAUGCUGUGGUGUACCUGGUGGAUGCUUACGACAAGGAGAGAUUUGCAGAGUCAAAAAAGGAGCUUGAUGCGCUACUCUAUGAUGAAUCGCUGGCAAAUGUCCCGUUCCUUAUCCUAGGAAACAAGAUUGACAUACCUUAUGCUGCCUCGGAGGAUGAAUUGCGGUAUCAUAUGGGCCUGACCAACUUCACCACUGGUAAGGGAAAGGUUAAUUUGAGUGACUCCAACGUCCGUCCCCUUGAGGUUUUCAUGUGCAGCAUUGUCCGGAAGAUGGGAUAUGGUGAAGGUUUUAAGUGGCUCUCUCAGUACAUCAAGUAGGCAAAACGUGCAGAUUUACACAGGCGACCGAGAUGGUAAUUCUCCUAUCACUGCUGUAGUCUCUCGUCAUUUGAGUUGGUGUUGGGGGAAUUUUAAGCAUAGGUGUUGAUGUAAAGAGAAUAUAUAUUGUCUAUGGUAGUUGCCUUUGAUUUUAGCCGGAGUGUGUUUUCUACCUAUUUCUUUGGUAGCAUAGAUAAGCUGUGUGUUCUGUUCUCACUCUGUAUUGGUAUCGAAAUUGCAGAACUAAUAAAGGGAUUGAGGUUCAGUUGAGAAAUAGUAAUGUUUACCGAAGGUGAACGCUAAACUCCACAAUGCAAUUCAUUGGGGGUUUUCCCA